GCCUCUUUUUUCCGUAAUCUCGAUUACCCGUUCACACCAACUAGCUUCGCUUCACUUCUGUGAACUUGCAAUAGUUUUUCCAUCGUUUUUUUGUGAUUUUGUUUUUACUGAAUUUUGGUUGGUCGUAUGACUUGUUGCCCCUGCUGCUCAGCUGCCGUGCUCAGACUUCUUUUAUAGAAUUAAACACUGCUCUUCCGUAAAUUCGAAGCAUUUUUUCAUGUCCUUUUGAAGGAUUGGACUAAUGGGGUUUUCUUAAAAUGCUUAAAUUUGGGAGAUUUUUCAUGUUUGUUAGCCUAAUUUCUGCCUUUCCAAACAGUAUAAUUGAAGCUCUUGACUUUGCAGGUUGUGUUGGUAAUCUUUGUUUUGCUUGAUCAUAUCUAUCUCUUCCUUGCAUCCGGAUUUGCAUAGUGGAAAAUUUUUGUGUUAAAUCUUUGAGGGCUAUGAAGUGUUUUACAUUCCCCAAAUGGUAUAAAAAAGAUGAACCAAAGACCCCUGGAUCAGUUUCGAAUCGUUCUAUGAAUUCUACAUGUACUGAUCGUGAAAUAGCACGGUCUGGAUCUGAAUUAAAUUCCCAGAAUGUCUCAGACGUCAGCACAGAGUCCAUGGGGCGGUCCUCUUUUCCUAGCAUGUCUCAAAGACCUAGCAAUCUAAGAGUAUUCACAGUUUCUGAGCUUAAAUCUGCCACCAAGAACUUUAGUCGCUCUUUCAUGCUUGGAGAGGGUGGGUUUGGGUGUGUUUACAAGGGUUCUAUCAAGAGUCCCGAAGACUCAUCUCAAAAGAUUGAAGUAGCAGUGAAACAGCUCGGCAAAAGGGGGUUGCAGGGACAUAAGGAGUGGGUGACCGAAGUAAAUGUCCUUGGUGUGGUUGAGCAUCCUAAUCUUGUAAAGCUAGUGGGUUACUGUGCUGAAGAUGAUGAAAGAGGAAUCCAAAGGCUUUUGAUAUAUGAAUAUAUGCCCAAUAGAAGUGUGGAAAAUCAUUUAUCUGCCCGGUCAGAGACAACUCUUUCCUGGGCGAUGAGAUUGAAAAUAGCCCAAGAUGCAGCUCGUGGGUUAGCAUACCUGCAUGAAGGAAUGGAUUUCCAGAUCAUCUUCAGGGAUUUUAAAUCAUCUAAUAUUCUUCUAGACGAGCAAUGGAAUGCAAAGCUGUCGGACUUUGGAUUAGCCAGGUUGGGCCCUUCAGAAGGAUUAACUCAUGUCUCGACAGCGGCUGUUGGAACAAUAGGAUAUGCAGCUCCUGAAUACAUUCAGACUGGACGAUUGACAUCUAAGAUUGAUGUGUGGAGCUACGGGGUUUUCCUAUACGAACUCAUUACUGGCAGACGUCCCUUAGACAAUAAGCUCCCCAAGAAUGAGCAAAGGCUCUUGGAAUGGGUGAAGCCAUACCUAUCUCAUAGGAAAUUCCAGUUGAUAUUGGACCCUAGACUUAAAGGGAAAUACCAGCUCAAGUCAGCUCAAAGGCUUGCGGUUGUGGCCAACAGAUGCUUAGUCAGGAACCCAAAGUCACGCCCUAAGAUGAGCGAGGUGUUAGAAAUGGUGAACCGGAUUGUGGAGGCAGCAGAAUCCGGAACUCCCGAACCGCCAUUGAAGGAUGCUUCUACAGAAACUGGAAGGGCACGUAAAAGAAGGGUUAUAAAUUUCAGAAGUGGUGAAAAGUUUGUUUGGUCAUGGACUCCGAAGCUCAUAAGAACAUGCUAACAGCAGGUAACAUCAAGGUAGAGCAUUUUCAGUUGGUUAGAUAUAUAAACUUGAAAAGGGCCUCGUAGAGCUCUGAAGGUUAUAACUUGAAACUGACAGAGCAAUGAAGUCAAACUCCAUAUACAAUUAAUAUGCAUCAGCAAAAUAUUCUCUCCAUUAAUAUGUAUGAGGCUGCUCUCUGAACAUAGAUGUGAAAAACACUUUAUGA